AUGUCGCGGCGCCGCGGCCGGCGGCCCGGGCCCCGCCUGUCCUGGCUGCUGUGGUGUGGCGCCCUGCUGUCCCCGGCCGCGGGCUACGUGAUCGUGAGCUCCGUGUCCUGGGCCGUCACCAACGAGGUGGACGAGGAGCUCGACGGAGCCUCCACGGAGGAGGCGCUGCCCGCGCUGCUGGGGGACUCGGGCAGCCUCUGGCAGCGGAGCUUUCCGGCCUCGGCGCACAAGGAGGACGCACACCUGCCUCCCCCGGAGGGCGCCGCCUCAGAUCACCACAUCCCAGGCCUGCCAUUUGGGACCUGCCUGCCCAUCAGUGAUGGCCCCUUCAACAACAGUACUGGGAUUCCUUUCUUCUAUGUGACACCCAAGGACCUCCUGGUGGCCGAUCUGAUGAAGAACCCCAUGGCCUCGCUCCUGCUGCCAGAAUCUGAGGGAGAGUUCUGCAGGAAAAACAUCGUGGACCCAGAAGACCCUCGCUGUGCCCGGCUAGCGCUCACUGGUCAGAUGGUCGCCGUGUCCCCAGAAGAAGUAGAAUUCGCCAAGCAAGCCAUGUUUUCAAGACACCCAGUGAUGAGAAAGUGGCCUCGGCCAUAUGAGUGGUUCUUCAUGAAGAUGAAGAUAGAACACAUCUGGCUUCAGAAAUGGUAUGGAGGAGUAGCCGAUAUCUCCAGGGAGGAGUACUUCAGAGCCGUUCCAAGAAAGGCCUGAUGGAGGGAGAAGAAAGUCCUCGAUGCUUGCGUAAAAUGGAAACCUCUUACACAGCGCCGCCGGACAGCGGUUGACUGCUGUCUCUUUGUGGAAGGGUUCACAGCAGGCCUGUCACCCUGACAGCGAGCAGGACGAGAGCAGGUCACCGGGGACCCCUGUGCUGGCAGGAGAGUGAAGUGGCCGUUUGCAAAUCCCCAGAUCACACAGGGACUCCUCCUAGAGAGUCUGUUCACAUGCUUUCAAACCAGACUCACCUGUGUGGAGCAUUGUUGGUUGUUAUAGUGACAUGUUGAGACAGCUGCUGUUCCAUUCAAACAAAAAUUCUGCCUGUAUGUACAACGUGAUUGUUUUGUAUUAUAAGAUAUGUUUGUUGCUCGUUGUGCCCAAA